AGAGGUCACAUAUGUAAUAAUGUCUUACGGGAACUGAGGGCUCUGCUAUGACAUGAUUAGUUUUUUUCACACUUGUGGAGUGAAAAAAUAUGGCUGCCAUAUAUAAAGAUACAUUUAAAACUUAAUGAAACCAAAGAACCAGUCAAACGUUCAUCAGAUUCUAGAGAUCCAUUAAUGUUUUCUUCAGCCAAAUUACAGGACUAGGAAGAGGAAAAGCAAUUAGGGUCAGGAGCAAUCCCUUUGUGUAUCAAGAUUUGAUCUAUAUUCCAGGGAUUUAGGAUUUUUAUUUCUAAUGAAGUAUUUCCUUCAUGAAUGUACAGAUUCGUAUUCUAUAGCAUUUUCAGAUGCUAUAUUCUCAUUUUUCAGAUGAGGUAUGUUAGUGUCAGAAGUCAAAAUUGAACUUCUUUUGUCCUUGAGUUCUGAUAGUUCAGGGCUUUCUCAACUUGGAUAUGCCCAGGAAUUCAGCACAAGUUUUGAGGGAUUAUUACUUCUUAUUAUCAUUUUUAUUUUUCUUACCAAUUUUUCCUUACGUUAAAGCAAGUAUAUGUCCCUACUCCGCCCCCCCCCCCCAUGGUACUUCCUAUACACUAAGUCCUACAUUUGGCUGUUGUGGGUAACCAUCUCUCACUUGCUAUGGGUAGGAUUUUGCAAGGUUGCAGAGUAAGACCUGUCAGCUGAUGCUUGCUCACAUGACACCAGUAAGAGGGUGGUGUGGCCAAUGUCAGAACAACCUUGCAGCUGAAGGCAAGUCACUGCAUUUGCUCGGAGCCAUAUGAAUAGGUCUUGUGACCAAUUAAUUGACUACUACAUAAUCUCCAGCUAGGGAGGACAGAUGGAGUGAGUCAUUCCAAGCUGCUCAACCUGUUGAGUGUUUUGUCUUUUGGUAACUGGAGUACAAGCUUAGGAACAAAAGUAGGAAAAGGGAUUUGGAUUUGCCUAUGUUUAUAAUGUAUUUGCAGACAGCAUGUUUUAUAACUUGAUGGAUGCAUCUGACUUCCUAAAUCAUUGGCAGGCUUAAUUUACGUAACAAAUGAAUGUUCCUCACUCCUUUUUUUUUUUUUUUUUUUUAACUUUUGAAAGAGGAAAUUAGGAGGCUGCUUCCAAGUAGCUUUUCUCAUACUAUAUAGGGAGUGAAAUGAUUGCUUAGAACUGCUGGUCACUGUGGAUUAUCUCUCAAAUAACAAAGGAACUUCAAGAUUUGUGUCCAAGUCCAUGUUGAUGGUCGGGAUAAACCAGAAGAACGUCAAACCACUUAGGAGAUGUGUGGCGGCACAACGAAGACCACAUACCAGCCAGGGGGCUGGCGAGAUUCGGCCAGAUGUGUGAGUGAUGCCGUUUCUGGUGCUGGGAGGAUUUACAAGACCCUUUUAUGCACAAAGAUUCGAAAACGUGCGGGUGUAGGAAGGAACACUGAUCACAAGGGACUCCACAACAGUUGGUCAUGUUCGGAGUUUGACCUGAAUGAAAUUCGCCUGAUAGUUUACCAGGACUGUGAAAGGAGAGGCAGACAAAUCUUGUUUGAUUCUAAAGCUGUUCAAAAGAUUGAAGAAGUGGCAGCUCAGAAAACAGAGGAUGUCCCUAUCAAAAUGUCCCCCAAGUGCUGUCAAGGAAGCAGCAGCGUCAGCAGCAGCAGCGGCAGCAUCUCUUCCCAUGGUUCUUCCGGGGGAUCUUUACCCCACGCCAAGGAGCAGCUUCCAAAGUACCAGUAUACAAGACCAGCUUCUGAUGUCAACAUGUUAGGGGAAAUGAUGUUUGGCUCGGUUGCAAUGAGUUACAAAGGCUCCACCUUAAAGAUACACUAUAUACGCUCUCCUCCACAACUGAUGAUCAGUAAAGUCUUCUCUGCUAGAAUGGGCAGCUUCUGUGGAAGUACAAAUAACUUGCAAGAUAGCUUUGAAUACAUCAACCAAGAUCCUAAUUUGGGAAAACUGAACACAAAUCAGAAUAAUUUGGGUCCUUGUCGUACUGGAAGUAAUCUAGGUCUGCUGCAAGCUUGCAGCAGCAAACUGCUGCAGGGCGUAGCUGAAGGAGGACCCCUCCGGCUCACCCGGAGUGCUUCUUUCUUUGCAGCACACAGUACACCAGUUGAUAUGCCAAGCAGAGGGCAGAAUGAAGACAGGGACAGUGGCAUUGCUCGAUCAGCCUCGCUAAGCAGUCUUCUGAUUACGCCUUUCCCAUCUCCAAGCUCCUCUACAUCCUCUUCCAGCAGUUACCAGCGCCGCUGGCUUCGAAGUCAGACAACAAGUCUGGAAAAUGGCAUCUUUCCAAGGAGGUCAACUGAUGAGACAUUCAGCUUGGCUGAAGAAAGCUGUAGUUCUAAUCCAGCCAUGGUUAGGAGGAAGAAAAUUGCCAUAAGCAUCAUCUUUUCCUUGUGUGAGAAAGAAGAGGCACAAAAGAAUUUCCAGGACUUCUUUUUUUCUCACUUUCCCCUGUUUGAAUCUCACAUGAACAGGCUGAAGAGUGCAAUUGAAAAGGCCAUGAUCUCCUGCAGGAAAAUAGCAGAAUCAAGCCUCCGUGUCCAGUUUUAUGUCAGCCGUCUGAUGGAAGCUCUGGGGGAAUUCAGAGGGACUAUCUGGAACUUAUAUUCUGUUCCAAGGAUAGCAGAACCUGUAUGGCUUACCAUGAUGUCUAGCACUUUGGAAAAAACCCAGCUUUGCCAGCGCUUUCUCAAGGAGUUUACACUUCUAAUAGAACAGAUCAACAAAAACCAGUUUUUUGCUGCCUUAUUGACUGCAGUGUUAACCUACCACCUGGCCUGGGUACCAACUGUCAUGCCUGUGGACCACCCUCCCAUUAAAGCCUUCUCGGAGAAACGCACCUCUCAGUCAGUGAACAUGCUGGCCAAAACACAUCCAUAUAAUCCACUCUGGGCGCAGCUGGGUGAUCUUUAUGGAGCCAUAGGCUCUCCAGUGAGACUGACUCGCACCGUGGUGGUAGGGAAGCAGAAGGAUUUGGUCCAGCGCAUACUUUAUGUCCUCACAUACUUUCUCCGUUGCUCUGAGCUGCAAGAGAACCAGCUGACCUGGAGUGGGAAUCACAGUGAAGGUGACCAGGUUUUAAAUGGGAGCAAGAUUGUAACAGCCUUGGAGAAAGGAGAAGUGGAGGAGUCUGAGUAUGUGGUAGUUACGGUGAGAAAUGAGCCUGCUCUCGUACCCCCCAUCCUACCGCUGACGACGGCCGAGAGAAAGAACCUCCAGCAUGCAGGGUUACCUGAGACCCCAGAGGGCACUGACAUCAGAGACCUGGGUCCCAAACCUGACAGAGAAGGAAACAAGAGGUCAGAGCAGAGUUCUGAGGCUUGUAGCAUGGGAUUCCCAGAGGCAGCAUUAGACAGUUCUUGGAAACUUCAGGACGCAUUUUGUGGGGAUGAAGAAAGUAUAAAAGAGGCACCACAAGAUGACUGCUCAAGAUUUUCCAGCUGCGAAGGUCUGGCGACAGGAAUGAAGAUCCACCAACAAACUGCCAGUGAGCAGUCGAAAGGGGAAAUGUCUGGUAGGAAACUACCAGACCAGUCAGCGGCCUGGCCAUGCCCCGACAGACAUUUCCGUGAGAAGCCUCCUUUAGAAAAGGUCACUUUCCAAAUCGGAAGCUCCGCGUCUCCAGAGUCUGACUUUGAGAGCCGCACCAAAAAAAUGGAGGAGCGGCUAAGGGCCUGCAGACAAUGUCCAGAGUCAGCCGGUCCCUCGGCCGAGCCCAGGGCGGCCACUGACGUGGCUCAGGACCCGCGGGUUUCUAGGUGCUUCUUCAAACCUGGCUUUCAAAAGAAGGUCUGCUGUCCUCAGAGUCAGUCUUCCAAGGGGGAUGAAGGUGAGUCUGACAGGGGCUUUGCUGAGGACAGAGGCAUCAGAACCCACACCACGACAGGUGCUGCUGGGCCACUCAGCCACGCCACUGACUCGGGCGCAGCUGCCGGCGCCCCAGCAGGAACCAGGAGGGGGAUGCUGGAGGAAAUGCACGGUUUGUAUCUGAAGGCUGCGGAAGGACCUCUGUUAGAGCCUGUUGCAGACAGGUGUGUCCAGCAGGACUCUGGCCUCUCAGUUGCUGCAGAUGUCCCCUGUGGGGACGACGGCAAGAAGGCCGACUUCAGAAUCGAAGGAGACAUUCCCAGGAACGAAAGCUCCGAUAGCGCUCUUGGCGACAGUGACGACGAAGCGUGUGCUUCAGCCACACCAGAUGCAGGUCACGGUGAUGACAGAGCCGGAGGGUGCUUGGAAGUGGAGCUGCCCCUGCCAAGGUCUCAGAGCAUCAGCACCCAGAAUGUAAGAAACUUUGGCCGCUCACUCCUGGCAGGUUAUUGCCCCACAUACAUGCCUGAUCUCGUGCUUCAUGGGACCAGCAGUGACGAGAAGCUGAAGCAGUGCCUGCUGGCCGACCUGGUCCACACAGUUCAUCACCCAGUGCUUGAUGAGCCGAUAGCUGAAGCUGUCUGUAUCAUCGCAGACACGGAUAAGUGGAGUGUCCAGGUGGCCACGAGUCAGAGGAAAGUGAUGGACAACACGAAACUGGGCCAGGACGUCUUGGUGUCCAGUCAGGUGUCCAGUUUACUCCAGUCCAUUUUACAGCUUUACAAACUUCACCUCCCUGCAGAUUUUUGCAUCAUGCAUCUUGAAGACAGACUGCAGGAGAUGUACCUUAAAAGUAAAAUGCUGUCUGAAUAUCUUCGGGGACACACACGAGUCCAUGUGAAAGAAUUAGGCGUCGUACUGGGGAUUGAAUCCAAUGACCUGCCUCUGUUGACUGCUGUUGCCAGUACACAUUCUCCUUAUGUGGCUCAAAUACUCUUAUAAGCUAAAGCUCAGGACAGUUCUUCCUCAGAAGAAAAAAAAUCAAAUUCUCAACUGAAGGAGAAAGGAAUAAGCUCUUUGUGACGUCAAAAGCAUAAGAAGAGCAAAUGGAAACAGUCAUUCCACCUUUUUGUUUUGUGUUUUUGUUUUCAAGCAGAUGCUUCAUUGGAAGCCUUAGGUUUACUUGACAUAAUGGCAUUUGUGACUGUCAUGAACAUUUUAGGCCUUUUGUUACCCAUGAAUCAACAGAGAGUGUGACCUUUUUGGUAGGAGGAAACAUAAGCACUACACGAAACACUAAGCUGUUGCGACAGAUUGCCUUGUGCUGUUUGAGCAGAAGAAGAAGAACCAGUGACUUUGGAGCAAGGAGGUAAACAAUGUACAUGACAUUCCAGUAGGAAACCGUGUCCAGGUUUAAGCAUGAGCACUCCAAAAUGGAGAAAGCAUAUUUUGCCAUCCUGAGAAGACAGAACAAGGACUUUGGAUUCCAGAUUGGAGUUUGCUUUUUACACAAGGCGAAAUGAAGAAAGCCACCAAAGAUUGUACCAUCUUCAACUUUGGUGGUGGCUGUAGCAGUUACUGUUUGACAUAAAACAUGAAAGAGGAUUGCCUGUUGGAAAGCGUGCUUUAGGAACCCACUGUUUUCAUUUCUUCUUGGAGUUUACCUUGUUUCAGAUGUAGCCACAGGUAGGUCAGAGAUGGAUUAUUGGUGCAAUAAACCCAAGAAUCAAUGUAGCAUCUUAAUCCCAUCAAGAUAUAGUUUGUAGCAACAAAGUGUACAGUCUGAAACCAUAUGUUGUAUCCUUCUACUUUAGAGCUUUCAGCAGCCUUUUUAAGAGAGGCCAUGUACCAAAGUUAUUUCUAUAAGCUCAGAAGUGUUUCUGUUGGUAAGUUCUUCCAGCUGAAGCCACUUUCUUAGACUAGUUAAUACAAAUGACUAUACUUUAAAAGGCACAGCUGUGCUGGUGGGAAAUGAAACCUGCAGUAGUUCAGCAUGACUAGUGAAAGCAAUUAGUUUGAACAUUUAGAAACAAUUCUUAUAUGAUCUAAAUUUUUACAUUAUCAUUGCUGUGCCUUCUAAUCCCUAUGUCCUUUUCAAAACAUCUUUCCAAAAAUUUACCCAUUGUAUAAAACCUACCAAAAUGAAUUGUUUUAGCCCAGUUUACUUUAAAUAAAAAAAAAAAGCAAACCUUAAUUUUCUGUUAAUAUAAGAAAGUUUAGUUUACUGACCAUGAAACAGACUAUGUACCAACAUCCAGGGUCCAAUAAAAGACUUUCUUAAAAAAAAUUGGCCAUUGAAAGAUAGGACUAAUCUAGUAAAACAAAACAUUGUUAGCACUUUGGAGAUUUUGAGUGCAGUUGAUUAUAACCAAGCACUGAUUUCCUUUCACUGUUUUAUGAAUUAAUUCCAGUCCUUCCAUACAUCCUUUGUAACUAAGAUGAAAUAACCUCCCUUCUAGAGAUUAGAAUGAUUUAAGAUUUUCUAUUUGAUAAAAUCCUGAUCCUAUACACCAAGUUACACAAGUUUGUCUCUUUAUUCUUUUACAAAUGCAAAUCAUUUGUUUGAAAGAGUAUAACAUGGAGAAAAAUCAACAUAUUUCUUAGGAGUAAUUCCUAGGAAUAGGUCAUAACUGCUACCUUUCCCUCUCUUUUUUUUGACAAUGUGAAGUGUAGAUGGGUGCAUUAAGGCUCUUAAGGUCUUUAAUUUUCAUUUUAUGUCAUUCAUAAAGUUGAGGUUUUCCAUUUCCUUUUGCCUAACAUUUGGUAUUUUAAAUUCUCUAGUUGCAUGACACCAUUGUUUGCUGUUAUGUUACAGAAAGAGAAUGAACCUUACCUGUGGCUCGGCUCCCUCGGCAUUCGUUUCUCAUUAUAUGUGAAUAAAUUGUCAUAGCUGAUGUUACAGCUUUUCCAUCUGCACCAGUUUUUAAAGCAUUCCCCUCAUCUCUAGUUUCCUUUUCCUUGUUUACAUGUUUUGGGCGCUUUCCCUCAUUCACCAUCUUCCAGGUUUUCAUAGAUAAUAACUUGAUACAAAAUCAAUUCUAACAUGGACAUAGUAGCAUGUUGAAAAUUCGACCCAUAUAGGGGAAAUUAAAGGGUUGAUUCCAAACUCUAUACAUGAAGAAAAAAAAAAAAAAAAUUAGCCCAGACCCUCAUAAGCCUGAGAAAAUGUAAUUUGCCUUUGAAUCUAAUACUCUAAAACUCUUCCAAAAAUGUCUGGAAAACUACAGGUGGGCCUGUGUGGGGGUUGUCUCAGCGACACUCAGGAUUCCAGCCCCAGCCUAAUCAUUUCUAUUGCCUACAAAAACAGACCAAGAAUGUUGCUGCUCUUUUAUAAUCCUACUUUAAAUACUUAACGUUCAAGUUUCCUUUGUCUUAAAUUCAACCUCUUCCCAAAAGCAAAAAAGAAAAUCUCAUGGAAGUGUGUUGAGAUACACCCACUCACCCAUCGGGCACCAGUGGCUUCAUUCUGGCUGAGCCCAAGAGGCAAGAAAGGGAUCCCACCUGCUCCCAUGACCACCUCGAGAAAAAAAAAAAUUAAAAAAAAAAAAAGAAAGAAAUCUACCUCAGUUGACAGGAUUCCACCUUUAGGGUUUCUUCAACUUUUAAGUCUUACCUGUUGAGUGUAACUUUUGUAGCAUCUUGCUUUUUUUUAAGCAAGCUAGUGAGGCAUGACAGAGCAGAAGUGUGUAAAUGUUACUGUGAUGGACCUCUUUCUAGCAUGUUGCAGUUUUAUUUUUAAUAAAUUGAUAAGUGAAAUGAAUGUAAAGGUAAUUGUGACGUUUUAAACAUGACAAUGAAAAUUUAAAAUAUAGCUUCCAUCCUUGUGCAUAAUUCCAAAGUAUUUUAUUUUUUAUCAGUGUUAAAUAGCUUUUUGUACAGGCUUCAAUCCAUUUUUCGGAAGUGUGCUGUUUUUUAAUGAAAGUAAUUAUAAUCUUUUCACAUCCCAUGGAACUGCCGUUUACACAUUGCAACUUUUUAAACUGACCAUAUUUUUCAAAAUUAACUUUUUUGAAGGGAGGAAAAUCCCCACAUGCUAAAUGAUACUAAACUGUUGUUUGUGCUCUUAUAAUUAGAUCCUGAGAUUUUAUAAAAAUUUAGUCUGUAGCUUUUUAGGUUCUUCACUAAGUUGGUUGUACAUAAAAAUAAAGAAUAUAAAGUGACCCCAAAAUUCUUUUAAAUGUCUGGCUUUUUCCACUAAUAUGUACUUUUGAGAGCAUUUUGUCCAUGCAUAUUUUCACCAUUAAAUUGAAAAAGUCUUUAGCUUCUCUUGGUAAAUGUGAACUGUUUGUGUUUUUAUUGUGCUUUGGGGGAGAGGAUAUUUUAAUAUAAUUUUUGCCUAAAUCAACCAGCCCCCUCUGAAUGUUUAUUUUUAAAUGUCAAGAUUUGAUGAACCAUACAUCUUGGAAGUGAAAUUGCAAUAUGCUUAAAUUUAAAUGGUGUUUUAAAAAGGAGAAAAUUCUGGGAUUUAUUAUUAUUUGAAGCUCCAUUAAGAGAAACUCAUAGGACUUUAUAUUUUUGAUCAGUUGAAUAGAUACCAAUGUCAUUGUGUGAAAAUUUGUUUUUAAAACUUGUUCAUGUAUUAUUUUGAUCCAUUUUUUUCUGUGGCAUUUGGUGCAAUAAACCUUUUGAAUUUAUCUUGAA